AUGUCAGACAAGGUCGCACAGGAGCUACCUCCGCAGCCCACCGAGCCAGCUGCCGGUGCCGCCCAGGAACCCGAACCCCCACAGCCGCUGGACUCGGAAGCUGCAAAGGCCGUCGACCCUCAGCCUCAACCCGAGCAAGGGCCGCCCAAGCCCUCGAGCUCGGCGUCCUCACGCAAGUCUGGCGAACAGCCCACGGAUCGGGCGGCAGACGUCCAAGUCGGCCGCAAGAGUGUUGACGAUUCCGAGGAGGCGGCCAUCAUCCGCGCGGACGAAGAGGUCCAGGAGACUCUACAGCAGCCGCCCCCACCGCAGUUUACCGGCACAGACUUCAAGUCUUUUACCAAGACGAUGUUCUUAACAUUUGGUACUCUGGGCACGUCGACCCUGGUUGCGCCCUUUCGCGGAAAGAAGGGGGCGCCGAGCUUCAAGCGCCACGUGGCCUACCGCACCGUGAGGAGCUUCCACCGCCGCGCCGACACAAAGAUGUUGCAGGCAAUGUCACCCAAGACCUUCCAGACGUACGGGGCCUUUUGUCGCAGCAAACGCCUGACGGAGCAGGUUGUCGACCUGGACCACAAUGCCAAGGCUCUGUGGCUUGGAGACCGCGCGGAGGGGACCAUCAUCAUCGGCGGCGACUCGGCAGGCGCCAACCUAGCACUAGGUCUUCUCUCCCAUCUCCUCCACCCCAACCCUCUACUUGAUCCCGCGCGGGGUACCGGAUCCUUCAAGGGCGUGGCGCUUCUCUCGCCUCUCGUGACAUUUGACCUAACUGCGCCUUCAAUCAAGAAGAACGAGGGCAAGGACGUUCUAGAGCGGUCGACCCUCAAGCGUUGGGCUGACAACUACCUAGCCGGCACGGCACAAGACGCUUACAACGCACCUCUCGGCGCCGAGGCAGGUUGGUGGGAGGAUAUGCCCACCGAGGCGUUGUGUGUGGUGGCGGGCGAAGACGAGAUGUUCAUCGACGAUAUCCGGGCUUUUGUGGAGAAACUCAAGAAACAUCAUGAGGGCAAGUUAGUGUACACCGAGGGCAAAGGAGAAGCGCAUGAUGCGCCCAUCUUCGACUACCUCUUUGGAGCCGCGCACAGAAAAUUCAAGGAGGCAAUCGAUACUUGGAUCGUUGAGCGUGUAUAG